CGGCCCCGGAAAGGCCAGGACUCCCGACGCCAUCCACCGGCACCCACCGGUCCUGAUCUGAGCUCCGACGAGAAGCCAGCAAAGAAUCCAAAAAGAUUCAGACGGCCAAGCCACCAUGGCGAACCCAUCCACGAGCCUGAGGCCGUCGUGCGCGAUUCCCGGUGGCGGUAAGCCCACCUGCCUAUGCUCGCCGACGAACCACCCGGGCUCCUUCCGCUGCAGUCGCCACCGGAGCCCGCGCGGGCGGCCGCUGUCGUCCUCAGGCCGCGCCUCGCAGCAGGCCGCGUCAACGUCGGGCGCAAGCGCGACGGGGCGCGACGAGGGGAUCAUCAGGAGCAGCGGCGUCGGCGCCGCAGGCAGGACCGCCAAGGGCCGGUCCGUCCUGCGCGCGCACCUGCUGCGGCUGGUCAGCCCUCCGUCCUCCGGCGGCAAUGACCGCCGCCGCUGCCGCGACUUCAAGCCCCGCCCGUCCAGGCUGGGCCGCCUCGCCGUGACCGCGUGACCCAGUUGCUCUGCCUCGCAGAUCGUAGUAGGCUGUGGCGGACUGGUGCGCCUCUUAUUUCGCGCGCACCGACGCAUAGAACCAAUGCUUCUUUAGUACUGUCAUGAACUGAUGGAGUGACGAAGGAUCUGUACACAUGUUCCCUGUAAUUCUUUCAAAGAAAUGGAAAACAGGGCAAUUCUCAUUUAGAUGAGAGCUAGCCUCAUCCUUGUUUUA